GUGUGGUGUCACGUGACUCUCAAGUGAGUGUAACUCUCCUACUGUUAGUGGGUGACACACUGCUCCGAUCCACCUUUACUGAUUCGUCAGUAUGCGCUCUGUCUUAGGUUUAAUUUUGGUGGUUAUUGGGGCGACUUUUUACCUCUAUUUGCUAUCUACCUACCUCCCCCCUCUUCGCCGACAAGUUCGAGUAGAAAAUGAAGACGCGGAAAUCAUCAGAACAGUGGAAUACAGGUUGAAGUUCCCGUCAGACCUCGAGGAGCUCAAAGAGAUGGCUGAGCUCCUGCAGUCCUACAGGACAGAGCACACAUCUUACGUACUGCUCCUUUUCUGCAGCGCAUACCUCUACAAGCAGUCGUUUGCAAUCCCUGGCUCCUCAUUCCUGAACAUCCUGGCCGGAGCUCUAUUUGGGCCAUGGCAAGGGUUGCCGUUGGCCUGUGUCCUCACCACGGUGGGGGCCACAUUAUGUUACCUCCUUUCUCAAGCUUUUGGCAAACACCACAUCAUACGACUCUUCCCAGACAAAGUAAACAAGCUCCAGAAAAAGGUGGAGGACAAUCGGAACAGCCUGUUCUUUUAUUUGCUUUUCCUUCGAUUUUUCCCCAUGAGUCCAAACUGGUUCUUGAACAUGACCGCACCGAUAGUUAACAUUCCCGUCACGCUAUUCGCUCUCUCCAUCUUCAUAGGUCUCAUGCCGUACAACUUCAUCUGCGUGCAGACGGGCUCCAUGCUGUCGGAGCUCACCUCGCUGGACAACCUGUUCACCUGGAGUACGGUGCUGCAGCUGCUGGCCAUCGCCUGUGUGGCCCUGGUGCCUGGGGCCCUGAUCCGCCGCUACAGCCAGAGCCGCCUCAAGCUGGACGGCCCGGAGCAGAACGGAGUCAGCCAGGACCGCAAGACCAGAUAAACCUUCCGGUGAUGUUCACCAUCACCCACACCUGCACUAGACUGCUACGCAGAAUGUUUUUUUCAAUACUUUUUAAUUUGAAAACAAGGGUAAGACUGAAGGGAGUAAAAAGGAGAUGUUCACUUUGGGGCUGUGGCCUGAUGGUUGUUUGAGGUCUGGCCUGUGUCAUACACUGAGCACCCGUGUUGAAAAUGAGAAUGUGUUGUAAUGGCUGCUGAUGAUGCAUGUCCACAGUGUGGACCACGACCAUGAAGAUGUGCCUCCAAAGGAACUAUGGCCAUAAAUGUAAUCACAAUAGAUUUUAAAGAGAAUGUUUUGUUUCAGUCUGUGAGACUGUUCAGUGCAAUGUUGAAGGUAUGUGUGUCUGAAUAUUGAUAUUCAAAAGGACAAUCAUUUGACUUGAGCUUUGUGAGUCUGUUCAGUGAUCUGUAACUAAAGCACUCUUAUUUAAAUCACAGGCCUUGAGGUCGGCAAACCAGUUUCCUUACAACCCCAGAGUCAAAUAUCAAGACACUGCCUUCAUUUUUAAUGAACUUGCAGUGAUUAUAGGAAACCAACACCUGAAGGUGGAUUAGAGGUCCAUGUCUGCAUGACUUGCAGUUUCUCUCAUGUCUGACAUACAAUACAACACAACACAAUACAUAAACUGCCCACCCAACACACUUGUUAAUUGUUCAGGUGCUAACAAAAAUGACAAAAAUAUGUGCUUUAGGUACACAAGCUGUAAUGUAUACUUAUGGGCUUAUUGCUUUUUUAAUUGUUUCCAAAGCAAAGCAGACAAGGAGUCAUGUUUGAUAUUACCCUUUUUGGACUUUUGAUUACGAUGUCAUAUAUUUUAUAUGUCCAGAAAUGUGAGUGCCUAUUAGAUUUUAAUUGUGCUGAUGUUUUUAUUUUAAAAAGGGAUCUACCUCCAGAUGAAGGGUGAAUGUGCCCUCUUUAAAUCUGACAGAACUGUAUUUGGGGUUUGUGAGUAUUUUUUGGGGUGACUUUUUUGAACCAGUGUAACUACUUCACAAUGCCUUACUGGUCUCUGGAUCCAUUUAGCAGUGUUUCUUGUAUUCACACAAUGCAUAUGACCAUUCAAAUAAAAUGUCUCUAAUUUU